AGAUGUUUAGUCUUAGUGUUUCUAGGUGGCAGUAUAUUCACCCUUUAGUGGAUUAGCAACCAUCCAGUCAACACACAGGAGAAGAAGAAGAAGAACAAGAUGGCGGAACGAGGCUACAGUUUCUCUCUCACCACAUUCAGCCCGUCGGGUAAACUGGUCCAGAUCGAGUAUGCGCUGGCAGCUGUAGCAGCCGGAGCACCCUCAGUGGGCAUCAAAGCUUCCAAUGGAGUUGUUCUGGCAACGGAGAAGAAACAAAAGUCCAUUCUGUACGAUGAGCAGAGCGUCCAUAAAGUGGAGCCCAUCACUAAACACAUAGGCAUGGUCUACAGCGGCAUGGGGCCGGACUACAGGGUUCUAGUGCGACGAGCCCGGAAGUUGGCACAACAGUACUUCCUGGUUUACCAGGAGCCAAUCCCCACAGGCCAGCUUGUCCAGAGAGUGGCCUCUGUAAUGCAGGAGUACACACAGUCUGGUGGAGUGCGUCCGUUUGGCGUUUCAUUGCUGAUAGCUGGAUGGGAUGAAGACCACCCCUACCUGUUCCAGUCAGACCCUUCUGGUGCAUAUUUUGCAUGGAAAGCCACAGCCAUGGGAAAGAACUACGUAAACGGCAAAACAUUCCUUGAAAAAAGGUAUAACAACGAUCUGGAGCUUGAAGAUGCCAUCCACACAGCCAUCUUGACAUUGAAGGAGAGUUUUGAGGGUCAGAUGACAGAAGAGAACAUCGAGGUGGGGAUCUGCAACGAGGCCGGCUUCAAAAGACUCACCCCAGCGGAGGUGAAAGACUACCUGGCGGCCAUUGCGUGAACACACCCUCCCUAGCGACAGGGCUCUCUGGCCACAUUUCAAACAGCACAGUAGCCAACUGUUUCAUGACACAUUAUUGUAAACCACAGUUGUUCAGGUAGAGUUUGGCCACAUUGUGUUAGGGCCAUACUCAAACAUGAGAGGGUGCCCGCCAUAACUUCACUAUAUUCAAAAUUAUUAACGUGAGCUGGCAGAAUCACACAGCCUGUUUGGGGAUUAUGCCCAGACCUAAUUUACUUAAAGUGACAAUGUUUGUGUGUGUGCACGAGUCAUGUCACUGCCAAUCACAACUGAAUUAAACUCCAUCAGUGGCUGUGAGAUGGCAAACAAACAUGUUAUCGCAUAACUAAUUGGCUUUAUUGUCAAACACAUACCCUGGGCGCUGUGAAACGUGGCAGUUGGCUGCUGUGCAAAUGAAAAUAAAUGUGGGCUAUGAUGAGUGAAAUCUCAAGUCUUUCAUUGAAUCCUUCAGUUUUCUUAUUUCUCAUUACUGUUGCAAAGGCAUUGCUAUCGGUUUACAAAUCAAGCACUGUUGCUUUAUGCAUUUAUUAAAAAAUGUAUUGCUUGUAACCAUUGUGACAAAUGGCCUCUGGUUGAACAAAAGGCAAAAACAUUAAAAUGGUAAUGAGGCUAACAAUUAUUAAAGACCAGAAAUUGCUUUGGUCCCUUGGGGUGGUUUACUCAUCCUGAACAUUGACAGUUUUUCUUUUUAUUCUCCCGACUGCACUUCAUUAGUAUCCCUCAAACACCGGGACCGAGGAUCAGCUAAAGGGAGGAUGCAAUGGAAGGUUUUGUGAUUUAUACAGUUAGGAUCUGGUUUCCUGUACAGCUAUUGUACACAAUGUACUUUUUUUCAGGCUAGAAACAAUUCUAGAGUUUGUAUUUUCUCUUCUGGUAUCGUCACUUAUUCAAAUAAAAGAUGGUGAGUUGA